UCAGCAACAACCUUAACUUUCUUUCUUUCCACCAACACCAUUUUCGCUUUCAAUCAUUUUUUGGGACACCAUAGAAUAACACAACAGUGAGAAAACAGGAGGAGACCAAUGGUGGUGAGGAUGAAGAAGUGGUGGCCAUGGCCCCCGCCCGUCUCCAAGAAUUUCAUAGUCAGAUUGAUUGUGCGGAGGCUCCAGGGCUGUGAUCUGCUGCCGGACGCUGCACGGGAAGGUUCCAGAUUAGUCGUGGAGAUUCGCUGGAAGGGUUCUAAGAUGACGCUCGGCUCUCUGCGGCGGAAUUCCGUCGCAAGAAAUUCUACGAAAGAGGCCGUCGUGGACGGCGCUACCGCCACCGUGGUUGACUGGGACGAGGAGUUUGAAACGUCAUGCAAUUUGAAUGGCCACAGGGACAAUUUCUUUAAGCCAUGGGAGAUCGCUUUCACUCUCUUCAAUAUAUCGGAUCGGAAGUCGAAAAGCAAGGCUGCUGUUGGAACGAAGUUAUUGAAUAUUGCUGAAUUUGCAGCUUCGACUGAUCAGAAGGAUUUCGAUUUAAACAUUCCACUCACGCUAACAGGAGGUUCUGCAGAGUCCUCUCCUUUACUGUGUAUAUCAAUUAGCUUGACAGAGCAAGGAGUUUCCCGAGAAAGCUUGGAGUCAAUUCAGAGAUCUACGGUGCCUGUGUCAUUGCGCUCAACCAAGUCACGAGAAACAACCUUGGCAGAAAAAAGUGAGCUUUCUACAAUUGGUUGUAUGAAAGUAAAUUUUUUGACAGAGUUGGUAUCUUCCAAGAAAGCAAAAAAGGGGUAUCCUGAAGAAGAGGGAAGCGAAGGUAGAUCCUCUAGAAGUGAGGAUGGUGAAUAUAGUUAUCCUUUGGAUACCGAGUGGUUUGAUUCUGAUGAUGAACACGAAACGGAUGAAGGGAAGGAGUAUUCCAGUGUCAGUAAGUCGUUUCGUUAUGGAACAUUGGCUUCUGCAAAUGCUGGUGGAUUUUUUAAUUCCGAUAUGAGAGAAAAUUAUGAAGAUUGGGUUUAUUACAGCCAACCGAAGUUUGAUGUUGAGUGUUCACAGAUGGAAGAUCCUUCUGCUUCUUCUUCUUCUUCUUCCGAGCCUUAUUUACGAAGAUCUAAAAGCAGCAUACUUCCAUGGAGGAAGAGGAAGUUGAGUUUCAGAUCUCCAAAAACUUACAAGGGAGAGCCGUUGUUAAAGAAGGCGUAUGCAGAAGAAGGCGGUGAUGACAUAGAUUUUGAUCGUCGUCAACUUAGCUCCGAUGAUUCUCUUUCUCUGAGUUGGUACAAGACUGAGGAGGACACAUCUGUAGGUAGAUCAUCGAUAUCUGAAUUUGGGGAUGACAGUUUCGUGGUUGGGAGUUGGAAGCAGAAAGAAAUCAUGAGUCGUGAUGGUCAUAUGAAGCUUCAGACACAAGUCUUCUUUGCUUCAAUUGAUCAACGCAGUGAGCGUGCAGCAGGUGAGAGUGCAUGCACAGCUCUUGUUGCUGUGAUUGCUGACUGGUUUCAAAAUAAUCGUGAUCUCAUGCCCAUAGAGUCUCAGUUCGAUAGUCUAAUCAGAGAAGGCUCAUCAGAAUGGAGGAAACUGUGCGACAAUGAUACCUAUAAAGAGCGAUUCCCCGACAAGCAUUUCGACCUGGAAACAAUUAUUGAAGCAAAAAUACGUUCGCUUACCGUGGAUUGCGAAAAAUCUUUUGUUGGUUUUUUUCAUCCUGAAGGCAUGGAUGAAGGGAAAUUCGACUUUUUACAUGGUGCCAUGUCAUUUGAUAGCAUUUGGGAUGAGAUCAGUUGUAUUGAACAAGAGUGUCCUGGUACUGGUGAACCUCAUGUUUAUAUUGUUAGUUGGAAUGACCAUUUUUUCGUUCUCAAAGUUGAAUCUGAUUGUUACUACAUCAUUGACACUCUGGGAGAAAGACUUUAUGAAGGGUGUAAUCAAGCAUAUAUCUUGAAAUUUGACAGCAGCACGAUGAUUUACAAAAUGCCAGAUGUUCCUCGCAUAUCAGAUGGUAAAACAUCCAACGACCAACAAACUAUGGCGAAAGUAUCAGUAAAGAAGGAAAUGGAUUCUGGUGAAGGAAAAGAUGCACAGUUGAGAAGUGAGGAAGAAGAAGUUAUAUGUUGCAGAGGUAAGGAAGCAUGUAAAGAAUACAUUAAAAGCUUCCUAGCUGCAAUACCUAUAAGAGAACUGGAAGUAGAUGCUAAGAAAGGUAUCACUUCUUCAACAUCCCUUCAUCACAGACUCCUGCAAGUUGAGUUUCACUAUACCCAACUAUUACAGUCUUGUUAUGCAACUCCAGAGGUCGAAUAACACAAUACACUUUAGCUUUAAAUGAUGAUUCUAUAUAAUCACACUGUAAAUUGAAAUUUAUG